UCAACGCACAAGCCCCAACGAGGCCGGUCCAGUUGAUUCCUAACGAUCCGCUAAUUUUAAUUCGCGAAAAUGCUAAAGUUACGCGGCCUGCUGCUCUUUGUGAGCUAUGUGUUAAUUGUUCGGGGAGGUGUUGUCCAUGUUGAAGUUCCCCUGGGGAUCACUGAGGGUCCCGAACACGGUUCUAAAAACUCAGUGGAAGUACAUAAUCCCGCGGACAGUGAAAAAAACUCAACCCUGAAGCUGGUUCAUGUGCUAUUUCGUCAUGGGCCACGGACACCCGUCACCACUUAUCCCAAAGAUCCACAUAUCAACGAAACCUACGAGCCUUACGGAUGGGGAGCGCUCACCAACGGUGCUAAGGUGGAGCUAUAUAAAAUAGGCAAACAGCUUCGUCAACGCUAUAAAGAUUUCCUGCCACCCUACUAUCAGCCCGAAGUGAUUCGUGCCCAAUCUUCGGAGUCGCCGCGCACCUUGAUGUCCCUGCAAAUGGUGUUGGCCGGCCUCUUUCCGCCGGAGAACACUCCUAUGGAGUGGAACCUGAUGCUCGACUGGCAACCCAUUCCCAUUGUGAUGGAAUCAGAGGAAACUGACGUGCGUAUAAGAAUGAAGGCCCCAUGUCCUCGAUACGACGAGGCAGUUCUGGAGGUGAUAAACCUUCCCGAGGUUAAAGAGCUGCACGCAGAGAACUCUGAUUUGCUUCAGGAACUGACUAAUCUCACUGGUCUCAAUGUUAGCCACGCCCAUGAUGUUACCAACAUUUUUAUUACACUGCUCUCAGAGCAAACUUACGGCUUGGAGCUGCCCUCAUGGACCAAGGAUUACUUUCCGGAGAAGAUGUUACCGCUAGCCGGAAAGGCUUACGUCUACGAUGCAUACACGACCGAGUUACGCAAACUGAAAGGAGGUUUCUUCGUGGAGCUGCUAAUAAAGCAAAUGCAGGACCAGAUUUCCGGAAAGAUAAAGCCUAAAGAUCGGAAGAUGUUCCUUUCCUGCGGACACGAUUGGACCAUCACAAAUGUGCUUUCCGCCUUAAACGUCUGGAAGGCUCAGAUGCCUCGAUUCUCAGCUCUAAUCGCCUUUGAGUUGCAUCAGAACUCAGAAACAGGAGAGCAUUUCAUGGAGAUCUUCUUCCAAAACGAUCCCGAAGAAGAGCCACAGCAACUUCAAAUUCCAGGCUGUGAAAAGCAGUGUCCCAUUGCAAAGUUAUUGGAAUUAACGAAUGAAAUAAUUCCCGAUGCUUCCUAUGAAGAGCUGUGCAAGGCAAAGGGUACUCAAGAGGGAGCUAAGAUCAGCUACAAUUACUAAGCGAGUUUCAUUGUUAGUAAUCCAGUGUGCAGUAUUAAUGUGACAUAACGAAUAAAUAAAUAUAUGUAUAUGUGUAA